AUGGCGGAGGUUAAACCAUUGAUCGGUCUUAAAUGGGAACCAAAGCUUCCAUGCUUAACUGGUUCCUCUUCCAGCUCAAGUACAGUAGCUGAGAGACUCGAAAGUGGCUCUCUUUGGACGUCUAAGUCAGAGCUCGUUGAUCCAAAGAAACUUAACAAGAUGAUGAGAAAGCAACUUAAAGACACCACUGGAUCAAACUGGUUUGAUAUGCCUGCACCAACAAUGACUCCUGAGUUGAAAAGAGACUUCAGUUGCUUAAGGGGUGUAAUGGAUCCUAAGAAACACUACAAGAGAGUUGUGUCCUCUUCAAAAUUAGGUGAAAAGUAUUUUCAGGUUGGUACAGUAAUUGAACCAGCACAAGAGUUCUUUCAGAGACUCACAAAGAAGAAUAGAAGCACAACUCUUGCUGAGGACUUGUGUCAGACCCCAAAUUUUCUCAGUACAGUAUCGAGAGAGGUUGCUGCUAAGACAAUGAGUUUGAAGCGUAAAGUCAAGGAGAUUGAAGAGAAGAACAGAUCUAAUCAGGAUAAGAAGUGGAAGAGAAAGGGAAGUGACUCCAAGAAAACCAAACAUAGAAGGAACUGA